AUGAAGUGGCUAUUAACUGGGCUAAUCAUAGCCCUGACGGUGUCGGAAGCCGUGGGCUCCAGAGACUGGUUCAGCAAAGCUGUAUACAAUAAAUGGCAUGAGACUGAGCUUGAACGCUGGCUUUCGGACCAUGAUGUUCCAUACCCUACUCCUGCAGAUCGCAAGGACCUAGAAGAAUUAGUGAAAAAUAAUUGGGAGACGUAUGUUUCUGCACCGGCUUCUAAGACAGUAGAAGAUGUCACCGACUCGCUCAAUGACGCCAAAGAAUGGAUAUUUGACUCAUGGAGUGAUUCUCAAUUGAAAGCCUUUUUGGAUCGCCAUGGGAUCCCAUGUCCCCAACCCAAGAAAAGGGAUACACUUCUAUCAACUGCCCGCCGCAACUAUGAAUCUAUCGCUCAAAAGCUUGGACAAUCGGUCAAUUACCCAGGAAACUGGUUAUAUGAGCACUGGUCAGAGUCUGAGUUAAAGGAGUACCUCGAUAGUCAUGGCUACACUGUCCCUCAGCCAACAACCCGCGAUAAGCUCAUUGCCGCCGUGCGCCGUAACUCGCGGCGUGCAGGCAUAGAAGGCCAGAAGUCUGCCGCAGCUGCUUCUGCGUCGAUGGCAGCCGCACAAGAAACUCUUGCUGAGGCACUGUUCAACGCCUGGUCGGAGUCCGAUUUUAAGAAAUUCUUCGACGAACAUGGCAUCAAAGUGCCUCAGGGUUCCAAAAGAAAUGAAAUGUUAGCUUUGGCACGCAAGAACCGUCGCGCUCUCCUGGAGAAACCAGCUGCUACAAUGGCUGAUGCCUAUGGAGCUGCUACUUCCAAGGCUGGAAAUGAAUUCGCCCGAGCCACGGAUGAUGCACAACUGAAGAUGGACGAUGCCUUCAACAAGGUUAUCAAUGGAUGGUCUGAUACUCGUCUGAAGGCCUAUCUAGAUGCCCGUGGUAUCCCUGUACCACAGAGUGAUAAGAGGGAUGAACUCUUAGCGAAGGUACGGCUUCAUGGACACAAGGCUGCCUCCGGAUAUACCGCCUGGACUUUUGACACCUGGAACAAAGAGAACCUCGGGAAAUACUUGUCAUCUCAGCAUAAAAAGGCUCUUGAAGGUGUCGAAUAUACCCGUGAUGAGCUCUUAAAGCAGGCUCAAGAUGCAUACAACCGUGCCUCAAAGACUGGUGGACCCGACUUUACUUCUAUUACAAAUUAUCUUGCUCAAAGUACCAAUUCCAUGAAGGACAUCAACUUCAAUACAUGGUCAAAGGAUGAUAUUGAAAAGUUCCUUUCCUCUUAUGGGAUCAAGCCAACUCGCGGCUUAAGUAUUGAGGAACUAAGAAAGCAAGCAAAGGAUAACGCUGAUUACUUCCGCUAUGGAGUAACCAAGCAGGAAGCCUCUAUCUUCUCCCGACUCCAGGGCCUCGGCCAAUGGGCUUGGGAUCAAUUGAAAAUUGGGGCUCUCAGCGGCCGGGCAGAGGGGCAAAAGGCGGCUCAAGAAGUUAAGGAGAAGGCCUCCAAGGCUAGUGAUGAACUUUAA